AUGGCCCCUCCCACUCCUUCCUCGCACCGCCCGCGCAAGAAGAGAAAGUUCACGACCAGCCCCGGCUCAAACAACAACCUGAUCUUGGACGCUGGAGACGGGAAGCAGACGCCCACCUUCCCGCUUGUCUCGUUUCUCUGGGCUGCACGUGCAGGCGUAUCGCAAUGGCUGAUACUGCCGCUCGUCCUUAUGGCUGUCGGCCUCUUCCGCUGGGCUGUCACUCUGUGGGGUUACUCUGGCUUCCAGGUACCCCCAAUGUACGGUGACUUCGAGGCUCAAAGACAUUGGAUGGAGAUCACCCAGCACCUACCAAUGGCCAAAUGGUAUCUGUACGACUUGCAGUACUGGGGUCUCGAUUAUCCCCCUUUGACCGCAUACCACAGUUGGUUAUUCGGCAAGAUUGGUUCCGCCAUUGAGCCCGCAUGGUUCGCAUUAGACAAAUCGCGCGGGUUUGAGGAUCCCAACUUGAAGGUUUACAUGCGCGCUACCGUCGUCAUCUCUGAGUACCUCGUGUACGUUCCGGCCAUCGUCACCUUCCUUCGUCGUUAUACUCGGAUGCAGGGUGUGCAUGCGUGGUCUGCCUCGAUUGCUCUUGUCGCGGUUCUCCUCCAGCCUGCCACCAUUCUCAUCGAUCAUGGCCAUUUCCAGUACAACACCGUAAUGCUGGGCCUGGUAGUUGCCAGUUUGGAUGCCAUCUUGGCCGGGCGUAUGCUGUGGGCCUGUAUCUUCUUUGUGGGAGCUUUGGGUUUCAAGCAGAUGGCGCUUUAUUACGCACCUGUCAUGUUUGCUUACCUUCUGGGAGUCUGCGUCUUCCCCCGGAUCCGUAUCCUGCGGUUGGUCAACAUUGCCUUGAUCACGGUUGCCGCUUUUGUUCUGCUGUUCGCACCGCUCCUGGUCGGUGCAACCAAUGUUGAGGCUCGAGAAUUCAUUGCUUCCUCGCCGCAGCCUCCUCUACUUCAGGCACUGCGGGUCUCUCUCGACAAGAGAUCUGUGGCAUAUGCAAUUAUCUUCCAACUGACACAAACCAUUCACCGCGUGCUGCCUUUCGCUCGCGGUAUCUUCGAGGACAAGGUUGCGAAUGCCUGGUGUGCCAUCCACACAUUCUACAAGCUCAACCGGUUCGAGACUUCGCUACUCCAGCGAGCCUCGCUCGGUGCCACCCUGGGUUCGAUAAUCGUUCCAUGUGCCAUCAUUUUCCGUCAUCCGCGGGCCUCGCUUAUUCUUCCUGCGAUGUCCUGCGUCUCCUGGGGAUUCUUCCUUUUUUCUUUCCAAGUGCACGAAAAGAGUGUUCUCCUCCCUCUCCUUCCGAUGACUCUCUCGCUCGCCGGUGACAGCGGACUGAACAAGGAGAACCGCGCCUGGGUUGGCCUAGCGAAUAUCCUUGGCUCAUGGACCAUGUACCCGCUUCUGAAGCGCGAAGAGCUGUCUGUGCCGUAUGCCGUGAUGACCCUUCUCUGGGCGUAUCUCCUCGGACUUCCUCCUCUCUCCUUCGAGACAUACCGGAGCCGAUCAUCGCUCGAAGACUCAAACUCACAAUUUGAACUUAAUAUCUUCACAAAGCUCUUGCACUUUGCGUUCUACAUUGCUAUGAUUGCCUGGCAUGUCCUCGAGGCGUUCGUGGAGCCCCUUCCCGGUAAGCCGGAUCUGUGGGUGGUUCUCAACGCCCUCGUCGGAGCCGGCGGAUUCGGAAUUAUUUACCUCUGGUGCAUGUGGAAGUUGAUCAUACAGUGUCGCAAGAUCGAUCUUCAGGUGGCGGAAGAAGAGAGUCGAAAGAAGAAGCAGUAA